AUGUCCUGUCAGAAGGCGUUACAUUCACUUCGCCCUCUUCGCAUUCUGAUCCGUUCUUCUCUUAUCUCCAGCACUCCGUUACGCCCCUCUCUUCUCCAGCAACGAUCAUUGUUCCAUUCAACGUCUAGGAAGUACAAUCAGUUAAAUGAAACGACAGCGAACAAAUCCAAUGAAAAGAAUGAAUCAAAAAAAGACAAUGAAGAAGCUAAUGAUUCACUUGCCGCGGAAACCGGUGUACCUCAAGGAACAAGAGCAGAUCUGGGAGAAGGACCCGAUCCAAGAGAUAAGCAGAUAGCUGAAUUAAAGGAUCACUAUCUCCGUGCACUAGCAGAAAUGGAAAACCUUCGCGAACGCACUCGAAGAGAAAUCGAACAUACAGCUCAAUUUGCUAUUCAAAAGUUUGCCAAAGAUCUUGUCAACACAGUCGAUGUUUUAAAUCUUGCGUUAAAAUCUGUACCCGAUGACGCUCGCAAAGAUGCUCAAGAAAAGAAUCCGCACUUGCAUAAUCUAUACACGGGCGUAUCGUUGACUGAAUCAGAUCUUUUGAACACGCUAAAAAGAUUUGGAGUAGAGAGGAUGAAUCCUCUGGGAGAGAAAUUUGACCCCAACAAGCAUGAAGCGAUAUUCCAAAUUGCAGUGCCGGAUAAAGAAGCGGGGACUGUUUUUGCUGUUGAGAAAGUUGGAUACAUAUUGAAUGGGAGAAUAAUUAGGCCAGCACAAGUGGGAGUUGUUAAAGAUAAUGACAAUUCUUAA